UGAGUCCCGGACUCGGAAGCCGGAAGCGGAAGUCUUGGCCGUCGCAAUGCAGAGGGAAGAGAAACAACUGGAGGCAUCAUUAGAUGCACUGCUGAGUCAAGUGGGUGAUCUGAAGAAUUCACUGGGGAGUUUCAUUUACAAAUUAGAGAACGAGUAUGACCGGCUGACCUGGCCUUCUGUCCUCGAUAGUUUUGCUUUACUCUCUGGACAGUUGAACACUUUGAACAAAGUCUUGAAGCAUGAAAAGACACCUCUGUUCCGUAACCAGGUCAUCAUCCCUCUGGUGUUGUCUCCAGACCGAGAUGAAGAUCUCAUGCGACAGACUGAAGGACGAGUACCUGUUUUCAGUCAUGAGGUUGUCCCUGACCAUCUGAGAACCAAGCCUGACCCGGAGGUGGAAGAGCAAGAGAAGCAACUGACAACAGAUGCUUCCCGCAUUGGUGCUGAUGCUGCCCAGAAGCAGAUCCAGAGCUUGAAUAAAAUGUGUUCAAAUCUUCUGGAGAAAAUAAGCAAAGAGGAACGAGAAUCAGAGAGUGGAGGUCUCAGGCCAAACAAGCAGACAUUUAAUCCAGCAGACACUAAUGCCUUGGUCGCAGCCGUUGCCUUUGGGAAGGGGCUAUCUAACUGGAGACCUUCAGGCGGCAGUGGUCCUGGCCAGCCAGGCCAGCAGGGGGCUGGAACAAUCCUUGCAGGUGCCUCAGGAUUGCAACAGGUGCAGAUGGCAGGAGCACCAAGCCAGCAGCAGCCCAUGCUCAGUGGGGUACAAAUGGCCCAGGCUGGUCAACCAGGGAAAAUACCAAGUGGAAUUAAAACCAACAUCAAGUCAGCUUCAAUGCAUCCCUACCAGCGGUGAGUGUGGCCAGCGACCUCCACUCCAUGAGCUGUUUGCAGAGUUAGGUAGAAUAAUUGGGUUUUACCCAAGCUAACCUAAAUGAAUAUGAGAGAAAUUGGGCUUUCAGCAAUGGACAGAUUUCACCUUUAUUGCUGCCUAGGUAUAUGACCUUGGGCAAAUAAUUUAGUUUUUCUUGUUUGUAAAUGGUAACGAUACCUACCUCAUAAGGUUGUUGUGAGGAUUAAAAUGAGAAAAUGAAUGUAAAACAUUUAGCAAAGUGUGUGAAAUAAUGGGUAUUCAAUAAAUAAAAGCCCUGUUACCCUUCUUAA